UGCACUCCUUUCUCCCUCUCACCACCACCACUCUCCCCUUCGGCCUCUUCCACCCGCUCUCUUUUCUCCUCUAGUCUCCGCAAAUCGCGCUAGUCAAUAGGCACCGCAUCAUGGACGAAGCGAAUGGUACCGGCGAUGGCAGCGCGCCGAUCGAGUCGCUGGCGUGUCUCCGCUGCAGCAAGCCCGCGCGCCUGCAGUGCCCCAAGUGCCUGGAGCUGAAGCUGCCGCGCACCAACGCCUCUUUCUGUUCGCAGGAGUGCUUCAAAGCAUCGUGGGCGGACCACAAGGCGCUGCACAAGGUGCAGCCCGCGGCGGAAGGCGCGGGCGCGGGCGCGCUGGUAGCAGGGGGCGCGGGGAAGGGCGCGGGGGGCGCGGCGGAGGACGAGGUGGCGCGCUACCUGCAGCAGGGGUGGCUGUACGUGCUGCGCAAGGGGCAGACGCGCGCUGGCAAGAUGCCGCCCUUCGACUGGACGGGUCCUCUGCGCCCCUUCCCGGUGGCGCCGCGCUGCCCCGUGCCCGCCCACAUUCCCCGGCCUGACUGGGCCGACACUGGUCGGCCAGAGGAGGAGCCCAGCAGCCAGUGGCAGAACAGCGUGGAGAUCAAGUCGCCGGAGCAAAUAGCACGAAUGCGACGAACAUGCCGGGUGGCGCGCGAGGUGCUGGACGUGGCAGCAGCGAUGAUCCGCCCGGGAGUGACCACGGACGAGAUCGAUAAAGCUGUGCAUGAUGCUACUAUCAAGGCUGGCGGGUACCCAUCACCCCUCAACUACUACUUCUUUCCCAAGUCCUGCUGCACGUCCGUGAAUGAAGUGGUGUGCCAUGGCAUUCCAGACUGCAGACGGCUUGAGGAUGGCGACAUUGUGAACGUGGACGUCACUGUCUACCUCGAUGGCUGCCAUGGCGAUCUGAACGAGACGUUCUUUGUGGGCAAGGUGAGCGAGGCGGUGGUUCACCUCGUGCGCACCACCAUGGAGUGCCUCGACAAGGCCAUCGCCAUGGUGAAGCCGGGGGUUCGGUUCCGGGAGGUGGGGGAGGUGAUCAGCCGCCAUGCUGCUCAAGCUGGCCUCUCCGUGGUGCGCACCUAUUGUGGUCACGGGAUAGGAGAGCUGUUUCACUGCGCGCCCAACAUUCCCCACUAUUCCAAGAACAAGGCGGUGGGCCUCAUGAAGGCGGGCCAGAUCUUCACAAUUGAGCCCAUGAUUAACGCUGGUGGAUGGAAGGAUCGCAUGUGGCCUGAUGGAUGGACAGCAGUUACAGCUGAUGGCUCACCAAGUGCACAGUUUGAGCACACCAUGUUGGUCACAGAAACAGGGUGUGAGGUACUUACAGCCCGUCUGCCUUCAUCACCUAAAGUUUUUCCAUGGUUAUCAUAGUUACUGAUGAGGCAGUUGGUACUCGGCUAUUAUUGUCCAUGUUGAUGUGUUUUUUGAUUCUGCUUUUACCUGGACUUCAGGUAUUCAUCAGAUUCAGACUUUACUGGUCCCCAUUUACAGUCUGUUGCACAGACCCUUUGUUUUAUCUUGAAUGCCUCUGUCUAUUGCCUGGAAAUACCGUAAUCCCCAGGCUAUUGGACACUGUUGGAAAUACCUCAAG